GCCUUCGAUCAAUUUAAUCUCUGGGUUAACAAAUUUCACAACUGUUUUUCAGUUUUUUUUCCUGCUCGACACCUCGCUUAUCUCUCUGCGCUCAGUUCAGCUUGAAAAGCCCAUCGGAUCGAGCUCUGACCCUCAGUGGAUAAACCCUAGGAGCAGUAGGAAGUUGGUUGACUGUACAGGAUGACUACAGAGGUUGACCAGACUCCUGCUGUUGGCCCUCAUGUUCCCAACAUGUCUGCGACAACUACUUCAUCCACAGCAUCAACUACAGUCCCAAAGGUCUCAAGGUUUGCUGCAAAUACGGGCUUUGUUAUACCUAAAAAUAAAUUGUCAGGUUCGUUGGUUCCUAUCUUCCAAGGAGGUAAGAAACCCAGAGGAGAUGCUACUGCCAAUAAUGUGGACCAGAUUCAGACGAAAACAAAAUGGAGCCCUGAUCUGACACAGGAUGCUGCUGUCCGAAGGGGUAGAGCCAUAGCUUAUCAGACUCGGGUGGAUCAGAUUACACAGCAGCUGAAGUUAGGAAAUCUGGAUGUCGGGGAAACCGAAGACUCGCCAGUAGGUGCUAAGAAUAUGGUUAAAAACACUUAUGGUAGACAACUUGAAAGUGAGGAAGUAGAACUUUUGGAGAUUGAAAGACGGGAAGCUAUUGGUGAAAUACUUAAGUUGAAUCCAAGUUACAAAGCACCAGCAGAUUUUAAACCUUUAUUGAAGGAGGAAACAGUUCCCAUUCCUGUGAAAGAAUAUCCUGGAUGCAAUUUUGUUGCCCUAAUCUUUGGUCCCGGAAGUGGUACUAAGAAGCGACUAGAAAAGGACACUGGAGCUACAGUACAAGUUUACGCCAUUAAAGCAAAUACUGGCGAGAAGGUUGAAAUUUCUACACCUCAUGGUAUUGAAUCACUGGAUGCUUAUGAUGAGUUAUUUGUUCGUGUAUCAGCUGAUUCCUUUGAGAAGGUUGAUGGAGCAGUGGCACUGAUUGAGUUGCUAGUUAGUUCAAUAUCAGGAAAUUUAGGCACUGGUUCGAUGCCUGCAAUAUCUGGGAAUGAUGUUAAUGCUCUUAGUCGAACAUUUGACACAGCUGUAUCAUGUGCGACUGAUUCUGCUUUAAAUCAUCGAGUGCCGCAACUUACACCAGCAUCUCCACAAGGUCAGUUUCAAUACCAUAAUUCAUGGUUCCCUACCAGCCCUAUGCCGCCAAAUCUUUCAGCACCAAUUCUCAACAGUUCUAUACCUACACAGUCCUCACCUUUAAACCCUUCUUCACUCUUGGGGCCACGACCAGCUCCUGCAGCUGGAUUCAACUCAAUUAUUCAAGACUCAUCCCUUGUUUCAUCCAGUUCACAGCUUCCAAGACAAGUAUUACCGCAGCCAUAUACGCCUCCGAUGCAGCCUUUGGGUCAUACUGGUCCUCCUCAAAAUUUUCUUGUGCCGAACCAAAAUCUUCCGUCUGCUCAACCUAGCAAUUUAUCUUCAUUACCACUUAGAGGAAGCCAUCCCCAAGCUCUUGGGCCACUCCCUGGCACAAGACCAUUGAUGCCUGCAGGAAGCUCGUCUGGCUGGUCAGGCACAUCUGCACCCCUAGGUCUGAGCAAUGUGGCGCAACUGGCUCCACCUGCAGUUUUUUCCCAGGUGCCUCAUCCUAUAGUUCCACGACCAGUUGCAUCGGAUUCUUCUGCCAUUCCGAACAUGUUAUCAACCUUUUCACCGGGGCAGUUUGGUCCUCGAUUAACCUGUGGGCCUGUUAACCAUCCAUCCUUGCCUUUUCCUCCUGGUCCUUCUCUAGGGUCUUCUCCUGCAUUAUCAUCUGGUUUACGUCCAACAGCAGUGUCAGUACCUAGGUCUGUAACACCACCAAUGCAAUCCUCUUUGCCCGUCAUUUCCAUGGCACCAACACUGAAUCCAUCUCCAAAGCCAGCAAUGUUACCGAGACCAAUUAACUCACAAGCACCACCCAUGUUAUUAUCGCCAUCUAUGCCAAGAGGACCCUCUGGUUCUAUUCCUGGAAACAUGCCAAAUUUUUCUCCCAUAAAUCAACCUGCACCAAUACCUGCAAGAUCACAACAUUCAAGUUCCGGGGAUUUCACUUUCCAACCUCACCAAACACAAGGCCCGACCUAUCCGAUGGUACCAAGACCAGGUAAUCAAGCUGCAAAUCUGCAUGCUUUAGCCCCCCAACCAGCGGUUCAACAACAAGCACCACCAUUCCAGUUUGGUGUGCCCAAUUCUACCCCCCAACCACCAGUAAUGCAAGUGUUCCCUAGGCCACAGAGUGGCAACCUGAUGGGUAUGCCACAAAAUCAGCAACAUGCCAUGUCUGCUCCACCCAGACCUCCAGCAUUCCCAGGCACCAAUGCUGCUCCAGUUCCACACAUGGGAUUAAGAAACUUUGUUCCACCUACCCGAACACCCAAUAUGGCCGGUCCCUUUCCUCCCAGGCCAGGGCAUUCUUUGCAACAUCAACAGCACUACCCGGUUUUGCCACCUAGGCCUGGAAAUUUCGCACCUCCUAACCCCCGAUUUUCCGGUGAUGGUUUCCUGCAGCCCACCAGGCCUACGUCGGGCCAUUAUCCCGGACAGCAAGUUUAUGAUCCAUUCUCUCCCACAUCUGUUCCUGGGGCAUCUCAACGGCAAGGAGGUGGGAAGGCAAAUGCAAGAAAACAGGAAAAUGACCCUGAGUAUGAAGAUUUGAUGGCUUCAGUAGGAGUAAAGUAGUAAUCAUUUUUUAUUAAUAUGUAAUCGUGAUGAUAUUGAAUGUAAAAGAUUUAGACUGUUUGAAGAUCAUACAUAUCUGGAAAUGUAGAAUAGAAAAGAAAGAAUGAUUUUAUAUGGCAUGUAUCGACUCUGCAUACUCAUUCGAACACCUGGGUGUGGAGUCGAGAGAUUGGAUGUGUAAUUUGAUGGGAUAUGUUGUGAUUGGGUCA